CAGCCAGGGUCGGGGUGCCAGUCGUCAGGAGCGAGGUGCCCAUGGCUGCCCAGGGCUCGCUGCCAGCCCUGAUCGGCAAGAAGCGAGAUGGGCAGCGGCUGGAGGAGGCGGAGAUCCAGAGCUUCGUCAGCGCCGCCGCCCUGGGCACCGCUCAGCAGGCACAGAUCGGUGCCAUGCUGAUGGCCAUCAGGCUGCGGGGCAUGGACAUGGGUGAGACUCUGGCACUGACGCGGGCGAUGGCGGCCUCGGGCCGGGCACUGGCCUGGCCCCAAGCCUGGCACGGGCGCCUGGUGGACAAGCACUCGACGGGGGGCGUUGGCGACAAGGUCAGCCUGGUGCUGGCCCCGGCGCUGGCCGCCUGCGGCUGCAAGGUGCCCAUGAUCAGCGGGCGCGGGCUGGGCCACACGGGGGGGACGCUGGACAAGCUGGAGGCCAUCCCCGGGUUCCGCGUCAGCCUCAGCCCCGAGGAGAUGCGGGAUGCCCUGGAGCGGGUCGGGUGCUGCAUCGUGGGGCAGAGCGAGGAGCUGUGCCCGGCGGACCGGGUGCUGUACGCGCUGCGGGACGUGACGGCCACCGUGGACAGCCUGCCGCUCAUCACCGCCUCCAUCCUCAGCAAGAAGGCGGCGGAGGGGCUCUCGGCGCUGGUGCUGGAUGUCAAGUACGGGGGGGCGGCGCUGUGCCCCACCAUGGACAGUGCCCGGCGGCUGGCACGGAGCCUGGUGUGGGUGAGCUCCCGGCUGGGGCUGCGGGGCGCGGCGGUGCUGACGCCGAUGGGGCAGCCGCUGGGGCUCCGCCUGGGGCACUCGCUGGAGGUGCUGGAGGCGCUGGAGGCGCUGCGCGGGGGGGGCCCGCCCGACCUGCGCCGCCUCGUCACCAUGCUGGGGGGGUUGCUGCUGUGGCAGUGUGGCCUGGCCGAGGCGGCCGAGCAGGGGCAGCAGCUGCUGGGGGCGGCGCUGGACGAUGGCUCAGCGCUGGCCACGUUCGAGGCCAUGCUGGGGGCGCAGGGGGUGCCCCCCAACACCGCCAAGCUGCUCUGCACCGGGACCCCCGCCCAGCGCUGGCAGGUCCUGGGCAGGGCCAGCAGCCAGGAGGAGCUGAAGGCACUGGCAGGAGGUUGGGUGCAGCAGAUUGAGGCUCUGCCUCUUGCCCAAGUCCUGCACCGGCUGGGAGCUGGCCGGGAACGGGCUGGGGACAGCAUAAACCACCGGGUGGGAGCCGAGCUGCUGGUGACAGCAGGGCAGCACCUGCAGGAAGGCGAGGCCUGGCUGCGGGUGCACCACGACGGCGGCCUGGAUGAGGAGGGGCGCAGGGCGCUGCAGGCGGCGCUCCGCCUGGCCCCGGAGCCUCCCCCGGGCCCGCCGCCGUUCGCCACCGAGACCCUGCUGCCCGCGGCCGACAUGCCCGGGGGGCGCCUGGAGCUGUGAGCCGCCUGCUGCCGCCAGGCCUCACUUCCGGG